AAAAUAAAAAAAAAAAACUAACGAAUUCCAGCUGAAAUAAAGAGAUGAAUUCAUCACACACGUGAAUGAAUUCCUCCUAUCGGCAGGCGAGUGCUGAUCUUUUUUGAACUAACUGUUUUGAACCAUGGAGCAGAAGUUGGUAAAAAAUUGGUAAUCCUGUACAAUUUACUGAUGAAGCAACAAUUGCCAAUAAACACGCAGCAGAAACUGCUGCUCCACCAAAAUUGGCCAGUGAAUCAACAUACCCAUCGAAAACAACCAAUGGACAUUUAUAUAACUCUUCGUCAAACAACAACUAUAAUAGCACUUCAAUGAAUCAAUCGAUGAAUGCUUCCUUCCAUGACUGCUCCAUAGCGAGUUUAACUCCAUAUCAAAGCACGUGUUACAUCCAAGUCAGGCAUACGCACUUGGAGUAAUGCUAAAGGAGAAGGCAAACUCUUUAAUAUGGAUCUGCUAGACGAAUCUGAUGAAAUUCGUGCUACAGCAUUUAAGGAGCAAUGCGACCGAUAUUACGAUUGAAGUCCACAAAGUUUAUUUUUUCUCAAAGUGCCAGCUGAAACCAGCAAAUAAGCAAUAUUCUUCUCUUAAAAAUGAUUACGAGAUGACAUUUAUAGGCGAGACACUAGUUCAGCCUUGUGAAGAAGAAGAUUAUGGCAUUCCACAAGUUCAAUAUAAUUUAGUGCCAAUUUCACAAAUUGCAAAUAUUAAACCUAAAGCUGCUGUUGGUAAGAAUUUUAGAAAUAUUUAUUUUGUUGAGAGGAAAUAAAAUCUUAAGUUUUUCACAUUGCUGCACAUUAAAAAGAAAAGAUGUGCUGUUCGUCGCAAAGGCAGAGUACCCGAUGUAUUAAUGGCCGCAGUAGAAAUCCCAGAUUCGUUGUUGGUCACGGGUCGAGGCUGUUUUAUGCAAGCUCAAGUAGUUCGUGCUUAAAAAGAUUUGCGUUCUGAAUCGAAUGCCAAAGAGAUAUCCAACGGUUUGACAUUUUUAGAAUAUGAACUUCAUAGAGUGCUCAUUAAUAAAUUAAAAGUCAAAGGUAUGAAUGCCAUAUUCGGUCUGAAAGCUCUAGUGUCAAUUGGUGAGCGAAUGAUUGCGCUCAUACUGGAACAGCAAUUUUCCUUAAAGCCUUGCCUCCCCCAUUGGUGCCGAAAAUUGUCGCUGGUAAUACUUAGACAGAUAAAGCGAAACUAAAUAUAUUGCAAUAGAAUUUACAAGAAACAUACGAGCGCAAUCGUGAAAUCUAUCAACUUAAAUCAAUGGAUCCAGACUAUGAACCAAGUACCCGAUGCCAAUCGGAUAGUGAUGAAUCGGAUCAUGAAAUUCUUGAGAUGGAUCUUAAUACUGGAAAUAAAGAUGCUUGUGUUUUGGAAGUCGAUGAUAUUGAAAAUUUGGAAAUUAUUUCCCUUUUAAUGGAACCUUCGCCACCAAGUGGUUUUCAUAUGGUGAAUACACAGAUUGUGCCAGGCUUAAACGAUAUGGAAAUAGUGAGAAAUUUGCAAUUUUUCACACAAGUUUGGAGGGCGAAAUUGGGUCACAAUGGAUUAGCUAAUCAUUUCCAAAGACUUUGCCAGACUAUAUUUUUCAAACUACGCAGUAUGAUGCCAUGUGCAAUAUGUGAUCUUAGAUUUCUUUUAGAUCUUCCAGAAAGUGAUGAAAUUCAACUUCUGGUAACAGGAAUGGGAUUGGGACUUAGAGAAGUAAAUAAAUUUGAAAAUCGACGAAAAACCAUUAAUAACACUGUGCAAGUUUUUUGAAAAAAAUUUUUGAGACAGGUUCGCGAUUAACUGUUUCGCCCUGUUUCGGACCCGAGAAAUCGAUUGGCGUCAUUAGUUUUUCGAUUUAUCGGUACGACUUCGAACAAAAUUUUUUUUGAAAGAUUUUCAAUUAUUUUGAGAAUUUUCCAUUUGUUUUAGUCA